AGUAGUAGUAGUAGUAGUAGUAGUAGUAGUAGUAGUAGUAGUAGUAACUUAGUAGCCCUGUUUUAAUAACAAUGACUAAACUGGACAGUUAUGUUGAACCGCCGGAACAGUUGGCUAAGCCAUUGGAAAUAGAGGGACGGCUACUAAUGAAUGCCGGACCUAAUAAUAUGGAUAACAGAGUUAUUGCAGCCAUGACUCAGCCGAUUGUCCAUAUUAUGGAUAAGCAAUUUUUUCAGGUACAACAGGAUAUCUGUGCCGGAAUUCGCUAUGUAUUUCAAACUCGCAAUCAUUAUUCAAUGGCAAUGACCGGUUCGGGUAGUUUUGCUAUGGAAGCUGGUCUAUGCAAUCUACUGGAACCGGGCGAUACGUUGCUGGUGGCCAUACAUGGUUAUUGGGGCGAACGAGUGGCCAGUAUGGGUCGCAAACGUGGCUACAAUGUGGUAGAGUUGAAGACUAAACGACACGGCAAUGAUGUGUUUACUGUACAGCAAAUUGAAGACGCUAUCAAACAAUGUAAGCCACAGCUUCUGUAUAUAUGUCACGGAGAUUCAACUGUAUGUACGCUACAACCAUUAGAGGGUAUAGCACAGGUAUGUCACGACAACGGCUGUCUGAUGAUGGUCGAUGCCAUACUGUCGCUGUGCUGUACACCGCUCAAUGCGGACCAGUUGGACAUAGAUUUGGUGGUCGGAGCUUCGCAAAAGUCAUUGGCGGCACCGCCCGGUUUGGCAUUGAUUAGUCUUAGCGAUCGAGCGGUAAGACGCUUAAAGAAUCGGACCGUUGAUGUCGAUACGUUUUGUUUGGACUUUAAACUGUUGGCCCGGGCCUGGUGUCUGGACGGUGACAAUAACUAUCAGUUUAUGUAUCACUAUUCACCGGCAACUGUAUUAUUAUAUGCGCUUCGGGAGGCACUGGCAAUGGUUGCCGACGAAGGUCUGGACAAUGUUAUCCAUCGACACCGCGAUGCACACCAAUAUCUUCAACAGUAUAUGACCGAAGAGCUGGGUUUGCAGUUGUUUGUCGAGCGGCCUGAAUACCGACUGCCGGGUCUGCUGGCAGUAUGUGUACCCGAGGAUGUGGUCAGUGACAAAGUGGUCAGCUAUCUGAAUGAUAAACACCGGAUUACGAUUACGGGUGGAUUGGGACCGACUUUUGGCAAAGUUUGGCGCUUAGGGUUUCUCGGGUCUAACGCUAAUCGGACGAGUGUCCAGAAAUUGUGUACCGCUUUGGCCGAUGCAUUGAUUGUAUUGCGAAACAAAAAUUAA